GAGAGAGAGAGAGAGAGAGAGAGAGAGAGAGAGAGAGAGAGAGAGAGAGAGAGAGAGAGAGAGAGAGAGAGAGAGAGAGGUUAAGUGAUAAGUGAUCUCAAAGCAGGGGUGAGAGAGGAAGUGAAGGAGUGGUACAGAGAAGGAGGAGGAGGAAAACGAGUAGGAGAGACCAGCCACGUUGAUGCAGGUAGCAAACAGAACAGCAGCAGCAGCAGCAGCAAGAACAAGCCAGAUACAGACAGGUGGGUUGUAGGCUAGACGGUGUGUGUGUGUGUGUGUGAGUGUGUGUGUGUGUGUGUCUGUGUGUGCUGUUUCGAAACUAAGUAGAAGGAACAAGAGAGAAGGAAAGGGACCGGAUCAGAGAGGGUUAGAGUGGGCAGUGUGGACACUGCUGGCAAGGGACCACCGGGUUCAGAGCCGACCCGCAAGCCGUCAUGAAUGACCCGAACGUCGUGGUGAAGGAGGGCUGGGUCCAGAAGAGAGGAGAAUACAUUAAGAAUUGGCGACCACGAUACUUCCUGCUCAAGACGGAUGGCUCCUUCAUUGGCUACAAGGAGAAGCCACAGGACAUGGACCUGGCGUACCCGCUCAACAACUUCUCUGUGGCCAAGUGUCAGCUGAUGAAGACAGAGAGGCCCAAGCCCAACACCUUCAUCAUACGCUGUCUGCAAUGGACCACUGUCAUCGAGAGGACCUUCCAUGUCGACACACCGGACGAAAGGGACGAAUGGGCGGAGGCGAUCCAGAUGGUGGCGGACAAGCUGGCCAAGCAGGAAGAGGAGGGGAUCCUGUGCAGCCCUACCUUGCAGAUGGAGAACGUCAACGAGGAGGAGAUGGACACGUCCAUAAGUCAUCACAAACGGAAGCAGACAAUGAACGACUUUGACUAUCUAAAGCUGCUGGGCAAGGGCACGUUCGGGAAGGUGAUCCUGGUGCGGGAGAAGGCCAGUGGAACCUAUUAUGCAAUGAAGAUCCUGAAAAAGGAAGUCAUCAUUGCAAAGGAUGAGGUGGCCCACACACUCACAGAAAGCAGAGUACUGAAAAACACUAGGCAUCCAUUUUUAACUUCCCUCAAGUGGUCUUUCCAGACAAAGGACCGCCUCUGUUUUGUGAUGGAGUAUGUUAAUGGUGGUGAGCUUUUUUUUCAUUUGUCAAGAGAACGGGUGUUCUCUGAAGACCGCACACGCUUCUACGGGGCGGAGAUCGUCUCUGCUCUGGACUACUUGCAUUCUGCCAAGAUUGUUUACCGUGAUCUCAAGCUGGAAAACCUGAUGCUGGACAAAGACGGGCACAUCAAGAUCACCGACUUCGGCCUCUGCAAGGAGGGCAUCACUGACACGGCAACCAUGAAGACCUUUUGUGGCACCCCCGAGUACCUGGCCCCCGAGGUGCUGGAGGAUAACGAUUACGGCCGCGCGGUGGACUGGUGGGGUCUGGGCGUGGUCAUGUAUGAGAUGAUGUGUGGACGCCUGCCCUUCUACAACCAGGACCACGAGAAGCUGUUCGAGCUCAUCCUCAUGGAGGAGAUCAAGUUUCCCAGAACUCUCUCUUCUGACGCCAAGUCACUGCUAGGCGGACUGCUCAUCAAGGAUCCAAACAAGAGACUUGGUGGAGGCCCUGACGAUGCCAAGGAGAUCAUGCGACAUAGCUUCUUCAGUACACUGGACUGGCAAGAUGUCUACGACAAAAAGUUGGGCCCACCCUUCAUGCCCCAGGUGACCUCAGAAACAGACACUCGGUAUUUCGACGAGGAGUUCACAGCACAGACCAUAACUAUCACCCCUCCAGAAAAGUUUGAUGAAGACGGAAUGGACGCGGCUGAUAACGAACGAAGACCACAUUUCCCACAGUUCUCUUACUCGGCUAGCGGACGCGAGUGAUUUGAGCCGCUUAUUCGGCUAGCAGACGCGAGUGAUUGAGCCGGCCCCUACUUACAGGAAAAUACGUAGCCAUGCUAGGAAAAGUCUCCCCUCUUUUCUCCUUCUCUGUGCUUGCUUAUCGACCAGGGAAUUUUUUUUUUUUUAUUAUUAUUAUUUUAUUUUUUAUUUUGUGUGUGUAUAUAUAUUUUUUGGUUCAUUUAGUGGGACUUAAAAAAGGGGGUUUUGCACAGUGGGAUUGACUAAGGACGGUCCACCCACACAAAGAAAAGACAAGAAAAAUGAAGAAAAAAAUAGAAUUCUUGUGACAUUUUUCAGCAUUUGUUUACAACAAGUUUUUUUGUUGUUUAUUUAAAAUAUCUAUCAGUAUUGAAAUUGAUAUUGAGCUAUUUGUUUUUAUUAUUUUUUUUGUUUUCUUGUUUUCUUUUCCCUUGUUUGAAAAAGAGCCGUAUUGGGGAACAAGACCAAAUAUGUUGCCUUAUGUGUGUGGUCAGUCGGUCAGACAGACAGACAGACAGACAGACAGGCAGGCAGGCAGGACAGAUCCAAGCAUCUGGGGACAGUUUUGUCUAGCUGUAGUUUGUGAUGACUUCUUUUUCAUAGUUUCUUUUCCCCCUACUUCAUUUUUGAUCAGGGUGUGAGGCUUUAUGCCAUGGGAGCACACAGGCCCCUGUUGUCACGGCUACAAGGAACAUUCUCCAUAAAAUGGAAAAAAAAACACACACACAGGCGCUAGUGAGGAGGAGGAAGUAAGAUAAUAAUAAUAAUAAUAAUAAUAAUAACAACAACAACAAAACAAGUAAAAUACAAAAUACAAGCGCUACAGCAUUUGAAUAUACAUUCAAUAUAAUUUCAUAUUUCUUUUUUUUUUCUCUUUGUUCUCUGGAGAGUAUAUAGAGCCUAAAACAGAGGUUUUAUGUUACCGGAAUAACACUAACAGACAUAUACAAACAAACAAACCAGACUGCCAGGCACUGACUGACAGCACUCAGGCCAAACACACCUCAGAACCCUGCACCGGACAGAGAGUCAUUGUACAUCUCUACUACAGGUAAACGUCUCUCGUUCUCUCCCCCCCCCCCCCCCUUUCUCUCUUGUUUUGCUCCACAUGACAGGGAGACUCACUCAGCAUCACUACUACACUUUGAUACACUAAUGAAAGGAAAAGAAAGUCUUAGCCUUUUGAAAGGAUACACUACAAGAGACAAAUGCAGAUUUUGAAAGACUAUUGAGGUUGUGUGUUUUUUUUUUUUUUUUUUAA